GCCAUGAGUUCGGUUGGUGUAUUUCGUAAGAAGGAAAUGGAUGGAAAAUAUUAUUGGGUAUUCACAUUAGCAGGAACAAAAAACCCAACCUCCUCACUAGCCAUAAAUUCUGACGGCGACGACCUCCCUCUUCAACCUCUUUUUUUCUGUCCUGCUGCCCGUAUCAAAUUUCAGAAGCUCAAACUAACGGAGGAGGAUAAGGAGAAGUUUCGGCCAUUUAAUUCUUCUUCUCAUUUCCCCAGCACAAGAAGCCGUGAUCAACAAGGCCGAUCUUUGCUUGAUUGCGACCAACAUGAUAUCUGUAAGCUCCCUGUAGUCCCUCUUUUUUGGUGCAACAAUAAAGCUGAUGAACUUCGUCCUUACCAAUUCCAUUGCGGUGCAUGCGACAAAACAGAGCCCAGCACAAACUAUUUUGCAUGUCUCCAGUGUCAAAACAAAUUCCACAAAGAAUGCGUUGAGUCUCCACUUGAAAUCAAACACCCUUCCCACCCCUUUCACUCUCUUCGACUUUAUAGUUACAACUAUUAUAAGACGUGCAUUUGUUGUGAAAAUUCUAUCAGUAUGGACAAACUUUAUCAUUGUACCACCUGCGAUUUGAGUAUGCAUACGGUCUGUGCGAUGAGGUCAAUACCCUUUGUUGUCGACCAUCCAAAAAGCCAUCCCCAUCCUCUUACCUUUUUCCCUGCACAAGCUUCUUUAGUUUGCAGUUUCUGUGCAAUGGUUAAGAAGAAUGAUCCCACAUACAUCUGUAUCGAAUGUGUUUUCGUGAUCCAUAAAAGCUGUAUGGGUUUCCCACAUGUCAUAAGAAUAUCCCGUCACCACCACCGUAUCUCUUUUACCUCUUCUCUUCCAUCUGGAAAGCUGUCUUGCAGCGCCUGUCAUCAACGAGUUGACAACGAUUAUGGGGCAUACGCUUGCAAUAAAUGUGAUGCUUAUUUUGUUCAUUCAAAAUGUGCAUUAAAUCGAAAGGUGUGGGAUGGUAAAGAUCUCAAAGACGUACCAGAAGAAGAUGAUAUGAUAGAUGACGGUGAGCCGUUCGAGAGGAUAGCUGAUGGAAUAAUACUCCAUCCUUUUCAUAGUCACCGACUACGACUUGAGAUCUUCGGAACUUAUGAGGAAAAUAAGUAUUGUCAAGGGUGUGCCCUUCCAAUCUACGAAGGUCAAUUCUAUUCAAUUCAUGCUUGGAAUGCCACUAUAUCCUCCAUGAAAGCUGCGCAAAAGCUCCACGCAUGAAACGAUAUCCCUUAUAUCCACAUCCACUUACACUAAACGCCGCCGACAUCGGAUUUAAUGUCACAGGUGACUUUCGUUGUAGUGAAUGUGGGCGUGAGGGUAAUGGCUUUUACUAUGAGUGUUGCAAAGAGGCAAGAAUCUUCCAGCUAGACAUACGGUGUGCCUCGAUUGUCGAACCAUUUGACUAUCAAGGCCACGAACAUCCCUUAUUCUUACCUUGGUACACAGAGGAAAAGACACCAUGUCAAAUGUGCAAAUACGAAAGCUACGAGUCAAAGUUAAAUUGCCUGGAAUGCGAUUAUUCUAUAUGUUUUCGUUGUGCAACAUUCCCAUACAAGGCAAGGUAUAAGCAUGACAGUCAUUUUCUCACAAUCUGCGAUGGGAAAGAGGCAAGUGAUCAACCAGACUGGUGUGACGUUUGCGAAUGCAAAAUAGAAGAAAUAAAAGAGCCUGAUGGGUAUUAUGGGAGAAAUAAAAAAACAGAAAUACGAUUUUAUGAAUGCAAUGACUGCUGCACCACUCUUCAUGUCGAUUGUUUAUUAGGGGGAGACAUGUACUUGAAACCUGGUGAAACAGAAACCGAUUACCUCUCUCUUCACCUGCACUCAAUAGAAGAUGAAGAUUGGGAGUGGAUGAAUAUCCGGGUUCUCCUCAACAGUUCCCUCUCCCGACCAAUUUGCACUGGAUGCAUGCGCCGUUGUCCAUUCCCUAUAUUUUUGAUGAUGAAAGGGGACGGCACACUAUACUGUUCACUGGAU